AUGGCGUUUUUUUCCGGGCCCCCUGCGACCCUCGUCGCUCGGCGCGCUGCGCGCUCGCUUUGGACCGCUUGGCGGCCUGCUGUCCCUUCUUUUCGGCAGCUCUCGCGGACCUCGCCAUCUUUUGCCCUUCUUUCCAGCUGCAGCGCUGCAGCAGUCGCUGCGAGCAUCAGAGGCUGCCGGCCGAAAGGCCGUGGCCCACAGUCACUCAGAUCAUUCCGGAGCUGGAGUGGACGUGUUGCUCGGGAUGCAGGGACAGGUCCCAUGUCGAUGCAGGCUUUGGUUGAUCUUGCCCAGCAGGGUGCGUUCGACAAGGAGGCAGUGCGGCACCUCCGGGCUUUAAGCAGCGAAGCUCUGGAAGAGCUGUUGAAGGAGCUUUGGGAACCAGCAAUGUCCGAUGGCCGCGGAGGUGCCUGGGCUGUUCACGCCGCCUGGCUCGCGUCUCCAGAACGCCUUGCCGAGCUUGCAACUUCGGGUUCUCAUGCCGUGGGCGUGCGCGCUCUGACCGCACUCUUGAAGGCAGAUCCUGCAAGGCUCACCAGCCUUCUUGGCCUUCCCCAGGGAGGUGCCGUUGAGGUCUGCCCACUCAGCGCGGCGCGCCGGCGGGUGUCACUGCGUGCGCUGGGGCGGUUGAGUCACAAUAAGUUGCAAGGCCUGGUCAAUGAAGAGCUUCUCAGCAAGCUCGUUUCGACUGACGUCCCUUCGGCUGCGCGGCUCCUCAAAGGAGCCAGCCCCGAGAUUAUCGAACGCUGGUGGCCCAGGCUGCCCGUUCCCUCUAACACGGCCGUCUCCAUGGCAGUACGGCUGCCGCAGCUGACCCUGCGCUUGAUCGUGAAUGAGCCGCAGAAGCAGUGGAAAGAGCAGGAGCUCCGCGAGGUGGUCUCGGCCUGUGUGGCUUCCACGGAUGCGGCUCUCGGGCUCCUGGAGCUGCUCGUCGAGCAGCCGGCGGCUUCCAAUGGGGUCGCCAAGAACCAGCCGAAGCUGUUCUUGUGGAUUUUGCAAGGCCUCGCCAAGAAGGAUCCGGCUCCCCUCUUCCGGGCGCUGAAGCCAGAGAGGCCCGUGGCAGUAGCAGACGCCUUGAGCUUCUUCGAAGUACGGCUCCGGAACGACCAGGACAGUGUACGUGCAGCGGUGCUUCGGGAGAUGGCGGAAGCACCGGUGCUUCUCUGGCAAGACGUGCACCUAACUUCCCUGAGACGGUUGCUCACGUCCUCCAUGCAGGCCAAAGGCAGUAGCUCGGAGUCUCUGUUGGUCUGGCAGAAGUUGGUGGAGGUUUUCGUGGCCAACGGUGCGGCCUUGCGCACUGAAGUCGGGCUUGGCCCAUGUGGAGCCUUUGGAAUGGAAGUGAGGUCGCAGUUGACCGCGGCCGAUCUUUGGGACCAGGACGAUGCAGCCUUUUCAACCAGUGUCCUCAGUCGCGUAGCACGGCUAGAGCCGCAACCGGCCUUCCUCGCUUUUCCGUGGCUUGUGGACUUGCUGCGCCCCCGCAUCCGGGCUUUGCUGGACUCGGGAAAGGUGGAUGAGGCGUGCGCGCUGCUGGCGCGCUGGGAAGGCACGCGCCACCAGCUCCUCCAGCGGCUGCCCCGUGCAGCCUUCGACGUGUUGCUGCGUGAGACCUUCGCGACUGCCAUCCAGGAGCAGGCGCUGCGGCGCCUUUGCCAACUCAGCUGCUCCUGGUGGCAGAGCUUCCUUGGCCGCAUCGGCUCGGAGCUUCCCUGGCACACCACGCUGGCCUUGGCCUUUCUUGGGUCUUCGGAGGCGCUCUGCACAAACUGGGACAUGCUGGCGGAGUGGCAGAGGGCUCCAUUCGCCGCGGCAGCAGUGCAGCACCUGGGCAGUGCAUGUCGAUCCAUGGAGACCUGCUUGCUCUUGGCACCUCUGCUGCGCCGACUCAGCGACUGGAAGUUCUCGCUGGCAGUCACUGGUGAGCAGGGCACGGAGAAGUUUCGGCAGAGCCUAAGUGAAGUCGGAUACAAGAUUCGGCUGCGGUGCCAGGCAGAGGCGUCCUUCCUGGAGGCCUGGGGGCACCAGGACGCCUCGCUCCAAGCCGAGCGGCUCCGCACCUCCACCGUGCUCCUCAGGGCCGUGUGGCUCGGGCCGUUGCUGGUCGGCUUCGAAAGCAGCAAGCUACAACAGCUCCGGCUCCUGCAAGAAUUCGGCACCUGGCCUCUGCACUUCUUUGGGCAGCAGUGGACCGGCAACAAAGGUCCUCGGCUCUUCUUCUCCUGGCCCGCGACGCUGCAGCGCUCCUUCGCCCAGUUCUGGCUGGAGUUGGGACCUUUGAACCUCCAGGAGUUCAUGGCCAGCUCGAGAGGUGGGUCCCAGGUCAGGGAGAAAUGCCGCCUGCGCCUGGCGCUGCCCGCGCUGCGCUGCGAGGAGCUGGGCGGCGUGGUGGAGGCCUGCGUGGAGGUUCUGAAGCAAGAGGAGGCGAGUGGGAGUGCGAGCAGUGCGAGUAGCACCGAGCUGGCCGUGGCUCGGGGCCGGGCCGGUCAGCUUUUAGACCGGCUGAUCCCCGUUCUGGCUCGCGCGGACCGAGCCCAAGAGCUGGCUCCGGUGCUCUCGGCGCAGCUUGGCCAGGGCAACUCCAAGCAGGUGGCUCGCAGCUUCCAGGUCCUUCUGCGGAGGCUCGGCCGCUGCGAGGCCUCGGCCACGCUGGAGGCGGCCUUUCGGAGCCCCCUGAAAGUGGCGGAGCGCGUGGCGCUGCUCCGGGAUUCCAGCGAGCACGGCCUCUUCAAGCGCCCGGAUGGUGACUUCGUGGCCUUGUUGGAGUCCCUCUACGAGAGCCACCGUGAUGUGGGUGGGGCCGUCCUUGUGGCGCUCUGCAGAAUGGGCCAGACGUCCCUUCUGGCACGAGUGAGCCGAGACGAGGGCUCGCUGUACCAGCUCCAAAUCUUCCUCCGCCAGCUUUCUCCCACUUCGGACAUUUGGAAUGAUGAGGUGGCGGGCGUCCUGGCGACGCUCUGCCAAAAACCUGAAUUGGGAAAGCAGUGCUUGCGGAGUCUCGCGGACUGGGCGCGAUCCGAAGCUGCCCACGAUGCCGCCGCAGGCACCGUAGCGGCAGUCGCAGGCGCAGCCUCCGAAGCCUUGACCUCAGAAACCGAGACCUUAUGGCUGCCGGCGGCCCGCUGCUUGGUCUGCCUCGCCCGCCUGGACUCCGGCCCGCUGGUCACCCUCCUCGGCCAGCUCUGCGCCGACUGUGACGCUGAGGGAUCGGAUCUGCUUCAGGCCUCCGCCCGGCUCAGGAUCCUCACGAGCCAACUCCUGGGCCCAAACGAAAAGGCCUCGGAGGCCACGCUGCUGGCGGCCGCGGCGGCGGCCUUCCAGGCGCCUUCGGUGCUGGCGCAGCGCGCCGGCUUGGAGCUCUGGGCCGCGCGUCUCCACUGGAAGGAGCCCGGAAAAAUUCUGGAGGCUUUGCAAAGCCUCCCUGCGCCCCUACACCCGAGCCUCCUCCCCGUGCUCCGCUCCAGCUGCUCCGACUCGCUGAAGUCGCAGCAGCCACAGGGUUCUCUGCGUGAGACGGCUCGCGUUCUGCUAGAAGCUGAGACAGAGCCGGCUCUGGUGAUGCUCAUGGCCGUGGUGAAGUUCCUCUUCUCUGGCAACUGGCCUCCUUCCACUCAAGUUGCGGCGUGG